GUGCGGCUCCAGGAAACGGGCGCCGGGUCCGCUGGCUGCGGGCGUCCCUCAGCUCCUCGGCGCGCUCCCGGCUCAAACUUGGGUCCCGGCAGCGCCGGGGCCGGGCCGAGUCCUCGCCGCCCACACUCGCCCGGACGGGACGGGCCCCGGGGACGCUCCGGACCCGCACGCCGAGAGGCCGGCCCCCCCAGCCCCGGGAUGCAGCCCCGGGCCCCGGGAGGCGCCGCCGGCCGCCGCGUCUGAGGGCAGGGGCCCAGGCCCGCCGAGGCCAUGACCUCGGUGUGGAAGCGGCUGCAGCGCGUGGGGAAACGCGCCGCCAAGUUCCACUUCGUGGCGUGUUACCAGGAGCUGGUGGUGGAGUGCACCAAGAAAUGGGAGCCCCCGUUCUACUCGGCCACUGAGCACAGCUCACAGACUGAGGGCUGGCCCGCCCAGUGCAGCACCCACAUUGAGGGGCUCUCACUGCCCACUCCGGUCUCUGACCUUCCUUCCCUUCUCUUCCAGGAGUCCAAGGGGCAGCGCAAGGUGCUGGCCACGGCGGACGUGGACCUGGCCCGCUACGCGGGGCCCGCGCAGUCCCAGGCGCCCCUUCGGCUGAAGCUAAAGCCCAAGUCGGUGAAAGUGCUGAACGCGGAGCUGAGCCUGACCCUGCUGGGCGUCCUGGUCAGGGAGGGCCGAGCCACGGACGACGACAUGCAGAGCCUGGCCAGCUUGAUGAGCGUCAAGCCCAGCGACGUGGGAAACCUGGAGGACUUCGCUGAGAGCGACGAGGAGGAUGCCACGGGCCAGGGGGCCCCCGAGGCCCGGGCCAGGCCAGGCCAGCCAGGUCCGGCCGCGGCCCCGAGGUCGGGGCAUUUCCCAGAUCCGUCCCGGGAGCUGGACACUGUGCGUGAGGAGGAGGAAGGAGGCAGGCCUGGCUCCAGGGCCAUUUCCAAGAAGGGAGCAGCGGCCCCUGCCCAGCCAGCGGCCCCUGCCCAGCCCGCUGCCCCGGCCCGGGUGGCCCAGGCUCCGCUGGAGGAGGGCGGCGUUAAGGAGCCCGGACCUGCCCCUGUAAGUGCCCCUGCCUCUGCCCCCACGCCCCCUCUCAGGGCUUCCCGGGGCCAGGGGGGCAGGGGGCAUCGCGGCCCGCCGAGCCCGGGGGGCCAGCCCAGGGACGAGGCGGAAGCGGCCGGGGGCAGGAUGGGCACCGAGGCCCAGCCGCUCCAGGGACCCGUGCCGGAGAUGAGGUCCUCAUGGCGACCCCUUGAGGAUUCCCCCGUCCCCGCCCCCCGGCUCCGGAGAGUGGCCACCGCCCCCCUGCACCCAGCCCCUCCAGACCGCCAGGAGGAAGCCCCGGGGGACCCCCCAGGGGAGCAGGCGGGCCCCGGAGCGGGGGGAGCCCAUCAGCUAGAGCUGGGAGCAGGAGAGAGAGAGCAGGGCAGCGGCAAAGCCAGGGACGCUUCCCAGGAGGGGAGAGGAGGAGGGCGAGGAGAGGAAGGGGCACCCGCCCCGCCGGGCACAGGGGCCCGGGAUGGGGACGGAGGCGGGCAGGCCGCGGGGAGCCCGGAGCCCCGGGAGAGGGGGCAAGGAGGAGGGGAGGGGCAGGGCCAAGGAGCCAGGGCCGGGGAGAAGCGGGGGGAGGCCGCGAGGGGGCCGGACGCCAGGCAGGAGGCCGAGGGGGGGCCGUGGGCCCGGGCCGAGACGGAAGCCCCCCUGGAGACAGCCACAGGCGAGGAAAUCAGGGGGCCGGAGGCUAGGGCGGCAGAGGGGCCCACAGAGAAGCCCGGGGCCCGGGAGCCUGGCCCUGAGGAGCCCCGGGGGCCAGGCCGGCGUCCUCCAGCCCAGGCCAGAGAGAGCCCGCGGGCCCCCAGCCCAGUCCGUGGCACUGGGCCAGGGGCUGAGGCUGGAGCUCCCGGGGGCGUAGCUGAAAGAGCUUCAGGACAGGAGGACGGUGGGAGAGCAGAGGAGAGGGGCCAAGAGGGGACAGGGGCCCCGGGGGUCCCUCCCACGGGAGCCGGAGGCACCAUGGCCCAGGUGAGCAAGAGGGGCGCUCAUCCAGGGAGCAGGGACAGCUGGGAGCGCGGGGCCGGGGCCGGGCCAGCGGCGGCUGCGGAGGCGGGCUCCGGGACUCUGAGGGCCAGCCAGGAGGUAGGAGGCGGGAGGGCUCCGAGAACAGGGCCUGGGACAGGGGGGCUUAGGGAAGCGGGGCCUGAGACUGGGGGGAAUGGGGGGCUAGGAGCCGAGAGCUCGGGGAGCAAGGAGAAAGAAGCCGGGGUUUCGGAACCUAAAGGGACAGAAUCUGAGAUUCAGCCACUUGAGACAGUGGGGCUUGUACUGGGAGUACUGGGGGCUGAGGAGGCAGAAGCUGGGGCACAGGAGACAAAGGAGGCAGAAACUGGGGGGUUGGGGGCCAAGGGGGCAGGCACUGAAGCGGCAGGAACAAACGCUGGGGCGCCUGGGAUGUGGCGGCCCGGGGAGGCCGGAGCCCUGGAGACUGGGGAGAAGGCUGGGAAGUUGGGGACCAAGAGAACAGAGCCAGGAAUAUUAGAGAGGGAAGAGAUGGGAACUGGGAAAGAGGCUCUUGGGGUGAUGGGGGCUGAGGAGAUGCCAGAGCCAUUGGUCAGCGGGGGAGCGGGGGACGGAGAGACAGAGAGGCCGGGGGCCAGGAAGGUCGAGUCUGGGCUGUCGGGCGCCGAAGCGGCAAUCCCUGUGGCCCUGGCACCUGAUAUGGGGGGGCCUGAGGGGAGAGGCACUGGAGCCCCGGGGACUGGGGAGAGGGGCUCGGAGGCCUUGGCGUCCAGGCUGUUAAGGACUAGGGAGGCAGAAUUCAGGGGAUUGGAGCCCAAAGGGAUGGCAGCUGAAAGAGUGAGGACUGAGGCUAGAGAGGCUGGGGUGAUGGAGACCGAGGAGAUGGAGGCUGUGAUAUCGGAGUCCAAGGAGGCAGAGGCUGAGGAAAUGGAGUCCAAGGAGGCAGAGGCUGAGAUAUUGGGGACUGAGGAGAUGGAGGCUGCAAUACUGGAAACUGAGGGGGUAGAGGCUGAAAUAUUGGAGACCAAGGAGGCAGAGGCUGAGGGAUUGGGGACCGAGGAGAUGGAGGCUGCGAUACUGGAGACUGAGGAGGUAGAGGCUGAGAUAUCGGAGACUGAGGGGGUAGAAACUGAGGGAUUGGGGACCGAGGAGAUGGAGGCUGCGAUACUAGAGACUGAGGAGGCAGAGGCUGCAAUAUCAGAGUCCAAGGAGGCAGAGGCUGAGGGAUUGGAGUCCAAGGAGGCAGAGGCUGAGGGAUUGGAGACCAAGGAGGCAGAGGCUGCGAUACUGGAGCCUGAGGGGGUAGAGGCUGAGAUAUUGGAGACCGUGGAGGCAGAGGCUGAGGGGUUGGGGACCGAGGAGAUGGAGGCUAGGAUGUGGCUGCCAGGAAAGGUGCCGUCAGCGGGAGAAGUGACCGGGUGUGCACUCUUGGGUUGGGGGGAGGAGUCAGAAGCAGAGCCAGCAGCUGAGGGGUCUAUCCGGGAGCCACGCCCAGCCCCUGCAGGGGGGGCGGCCGGGGAGGACACCCCCGAGGCCCCGGCCACCAGCCUCCCCCGGGUGGCCCCUGCCUCGGUGCAGAAGGAGGGGGAGGCCCGGGGCUCUCCUGCCUUCUCUACACCAACAGCCCCCAGCCAAGAGGGGCCUGAAGAAGACAGGAGGCCUCAGGGCUGGGGGGGAGGCCCGGAGCCUCCCCUGGGCGCCAAGGUCAGCUCCAGCCAGUCCCUGCUGGAGUGGUGCCAGGAGGUCACGGCGGCUUACCCCGGGGUCCGGGUCACCAACUUCACCACGUCCUGGCGCAACGGGCUGGCUUUCUGCGCCCUCCUGCACUACUUCCACCCGGACAAGAUUGACUUUGCUGCCCUGGACCCCCAGGACAUCAAGCAGAACAACAAGCAGGCGUUCGACGGCUUCGCGGCCCUGGGUGUCUCGCGGCUGCUGGACCCGGCGGACAUGGUGCUCUUGGCCGUGCCGGACAAGCUGAUCGUCAUGACGUACCUGUGCCAGAUCCGGGCCUUCUGCACGGGCCAGGAGCUGCAGCUGGUGCAGGUGGAGGGCGGUGGCCGGGCCAGCACCUACAGGGUGGGCGGCCCCGAGCCCGAGCUGCCCGCGGCCCUGGGCUCCGGCCCUCUGGCCCAGCGUCUGCGCGAGCGCAGUGGGGACAUGGCAGGGGCCACCCCCGCCAACCCGGGCCCCUCCAAGGAUCCCGCCAAGGUGGCCGGGAGGCAGCCCAAGGAGGAGGCCGGCAGGGCCGGACUCCCCGGUGAGAGCCCCGCGGCCGGAGCGGCCCCAAAGAGCCCAGGGCAGGAGGCCAAUGGGGACACCAGGAAGGGCGCCCCGGGGGCCCUGAGGGAUGCCGGAAAGAAGGAGGUCGGUGGCCCGGAGGCCGGCAGCUCCGAGGAGGCCAGAGCCCGGGCCGAGGGCCCCACAGUCAGGACCAGGACGCCGUCCCCAGCUGACGGGCUGCUGAACGGGACCGGGGCCGCCGCCGUCAGGCUCAGGCGGCCCUCGCUGAACGGGGAGGCUGGCAUGGGGCCCAUCCCCCCUCCCCGGGCCCACGGGUCCUUCUCCCACAUCCGGGACGCCGACCUGCUGAAGAAGAGGCGCUCGAGGCUCCGGAGCAGCUCUUCGCUCUCUGUGGACGACGCCGAGUCCGGGGCCACCGGGCCCUCGGAGGCCCCGGCUCCAGAUCCUGCCUCGAUCUCCCCCAGCCAGAAGCCCACUGAUGGGAACCCUCCUGCCGAGGAGGCUCUGCCAAGUUCCAGUUCUGGCGUCAGCCCCAGUGAGGAGCCCGGGAUGCAGCGAUUCCAGGACACAAGCCAGUACGUGUGCGCCGAGCUUCAGGCCUUGGAACAGGAGCAGAGACAGAUCGAUGGGCGGGCGGCCCAGGUGGAGACGCAGCUGCGGAGCCUCAUGGAGACAGGUGCCAACAAGCUGCAGGAGGAGGUGCUGAUCCAGGAAUGGUUCACACUGGUCAAUAAGAAGAACGCUCUGAUCCGGAGGCAGGACCAGCUCCAGCUCCUGAUAGAAGAACAAGACCUGGAGAGACGCUUCCAGCUCCUGAGUAGAGAACUGAGAGCCAUGAUGGCCAUCGAAGACUGGAUGAAAACGGAAGCCCAGCAGCACCGCGAGCAGCUCUUGCUGGAGGAGCUGGUGUCCUUGGUGAACCAGCGGGAUGAGCUGGUGCGGGAUUUGGAUAACCGGGAGAGGACAGCCCUGGAGGAGGACGAGCGCCUGGAGCGGGGUCUGGAGCAGCGGCGGCGGAAGCUGAGUCGCCAGCUGAGCCGUCGGGAGCGCUGCCUGCUGAGCUGAGCCGGGCCGGGCCGAGCGAAGCCGAGCCGGGCCGCGGCUCCCCGGCCCGUCCCUCAGGGUGGCCGCCCCCAUUCGGGCUGGGCGGGGGGCCGAGGGUCCCCUGCCAGCGGGCGGUAUGGGCCGGGAGGCCGCGGACCCGCGCCAGGGGGCCCCCCUGCCCGGCUGGGAGCCCCGCUCCCCCGCCCCCCCCCCCCCGCCCCCGCCUCCGCUCUCCUCCGCCCUCGCCCCCGCCCCGCGCUUGCCUUUCCGCGUGUGGCCGCCAGAGGCCGCCGUGGGCCGGGUUGGGGGCGCUGCGGGCAUGGGGGCCCUAGCGGAGGCCCGGCCCAGCCCCUCCCCCCAGCCCGUGGGGCCGUAUUUAUUGCAGUGUGUGCGCGCGUGUCUGUGUGUCUGUAUAUGUGUGCGCGGGGCCCUGGGCCCCGCGGGGGGGGGAGGGGCGAUCGCGGAGGGAUCCCCGCGGCCUCCGGGACCUUCGCUGAGCGAGCGGGAGGGGGCGGGGCAGCGGGCGAUGACUCGGGGCCCUCCCUGGCCGAGCAAAGACUGGGUUAGCCCCUCUUGUUACUGGGGGGGGGGGUUAGAACCCCCCCUCUCAGGCCUCACCACCCUGGCCAGGAGUUUGCCCUCAAUAAAUUCUGACUGGGAGCCAGGACUCCGGCCUGUCUUUCUCC